UAAAUUUUAAAUUAAAAAUAAAAAUAUUAUUCAACUCGCCUAAAAGUAGACCGUCCAUAUCAAAAAUUACAUGUGUCACAGGUGAGUAAUUGGUCAUUUUCAGAUAUUAUCAACAAUUCGUGUACCGGUGUUGCCGUCAUUAAAGCUAUUACACACAUAAUGAAACUGUGAUGUUUUAAUCUCCACAGUUUCUCGUGUAGUCAAAAAUAUGUUAUAUAACCUUUAGGCUAUAAUUACAAUGUACAAGAUAAAAAAUACAUUGGUCGUUUAAAAACAGUUUAUAUAAAUGUAAAAGAAGGCUUCGAGUGAUCGAUGGCGAAAUCUAGAAACGGUCUAACGGCCGUAGGUCUUUCAGUGUUAGGCACUUUUUUUGUUCUGCUAGCGUUUUGCACUAAAAAUUGGUUGGUCACGGACGGCAAGUUGGAACAUCCAAAAUUCGAAAGGAUCGGUCUAUGGGUGGUUUGUUUUAAAGACUUUGAAGACAGUCAUCAUUGGUAUGACACUAAAUUUGGCAACUGCUGGUGGGUGUUUGAAGAAGAAUAUUAUAUCAUUUACGAUGUACUAUUUAAAGGCUUUUAUAUAGCUGUACAGUUCUGGUUCUCCGUUUGCGUUCUUUUAACAAUAUGUGGUUUAUUCUACACCACUCUUUACAUGUACUUGAAUAGAUCAGUAGAGCGUUAUGUACAUAUAUUGUUCACAGCCGGAGGAAUUUAUUUAGCCGCCGCCAUAACCAGCACUAUCGCUUUGAUUUUGUUCGGAAUUAAUGGUGAUAGUAGGGUAUGGAUGCCAAACUGGGAACACAAUGAUGUCGGUUGGAGUUACGGAGUUGCCGUCGCUGGCACCAUCAGCCUUUAUGUUAGCGGUAUUUUGUAUAUUAUAGAAGGGCGGGUUCAUAAAAUCAAACGUGAAAAGAUGGCUAGUCAAAGGGCUCAUUACGACUAUGACAUUGAGGAUCAUAAACAGUCGUCACAUACUGAUAUUUAAAUUAUUUAAAUAUAAAAUCACCAUACGAUGAAUCUCUUUUUAAGAAUUAUUGACCAACUGGAAAUCAUCCGUCCAUUUAUUUAUUUUUUAUAAGGUUACAUUUGUAUUAUUAAUUGUUUUAAGAAUAUAUAAACUAUUAUAUAUAUUAUAUUAAGCAUGUAUUAUUAUUGUAUUUAAGUAUCAGUUAAAAAAAAACUGUUAUCUGAUUAACUAUUCUAGAUAUCAUAUAUAAUAUUAUUUAUUAGUUAUUACUAUAAAAUAUGAAUAGCAAACUUGAUGUCUAAUA